UGGCGCACGUACAUGUACGCAUCCGAAGCAGUAGACACGUCGUCACACGAUCGCCAUCAUUGUCGUCUUCGCAGGUGCACCUUCGUCGUCGACGUGUACGCUGUGCACUCCGGUCGUCACUCGUAGCAUCACUGUUGUGCGGCCCGACACACGUGGAGUCUUCUAUACUUGGCGACACCCACGUCGACAGUACCAGUUUCGGCGGUGGCCAUGAACUGGGAGGCGGGCCGUGACACACUGAGCAAGGCGGAGAGGACGGCAGUGGCAGCGGUCAUGAACGCCAUCCUCUUCCGGUGUCAAUUGCAGAGGAGCGAGGAGAGGAUGAGAGCGGCCAUUCACACACGACGGAAGAGGACGCUGCAGUCCAUGAAUGUGGAGGGAGAGGACAGUGGUGCCAUUUGCGACGUCGUGCUGCAGGUGUGCUACGCCAUGGGGUGUGGAACAUUUCCCAGAGCGACGCCCAGGUGGUGGAUGAAGCGACGGACAGGCGGGACGUGGGAGGAUCUGCGGCAAUGCGACGACGCGAACGCGGACUACUUCAAGGACAAGCUGCGCAUGUCGCCAUGUGUAUUUCGAGAGAUCAUGGAAGCUUUGUCUCCCUUCCUUGAACGGCGUGUCACUUUCUAUAGGGAGCCCCUCCAGCCUGACCACAUUGUCGCGUACGCUUUGUACAGGUGGGCGUUGGGGGAGACGUACAAGAGCGAGACAUGCAGCUUCGACAUUGGCAGAUCUUCCGGGUUGGUGGCUGUGCGGGAGGUAACUCUGGCGUUGCUGAGUGCGUACCCCGACAAGAUAUCCUGGCCGACGGGGCUGCAGAAGGCGGUCGUCCUGUGCGCUUUCGCUGACAAGGGUUUCCCUAACUGCCAUGGGUGCAUCGACUGCAACCACAUCUUCAUCGACAAGCCAACGAAUUGCCCCAGGGAGGACUACUACGAUAGAAAAUGGCGUUUCUCUUUCCAGGCGCAGGUCAUUGUCGAUCUGAACUUGCGCGUGCUGGAUGUGUUCAUCAGUUAUCCAGGAAGUUGCCACGACCAGCAGCCACAGGUGGAAGUUGUGAUGAAGGUGGAAGGUCAACAGCCUUCAACCUCCACUCCUCCUUCUCCACCUCUGACUGCUACUCGGCAGGAAAAGAAGGAGCUGCAAGAACAACAGCGGCGUCAACAGGAACGCCUUGCAGAAUUGGAACGUCAGGAGGCAGCUGAGCUAGAGGCUGCAACAAAUAAUUCCAGAAGGGACUAUCUGUUACAGCAGCUAGACAAGGUGCUCACAGAUGAGUGUUGUGCACAGGUGACUAAACACCUGGCAGAGACUAUCAUCCUGGAGCACAAGAUCACCAGUUUCUAUUUUACGAACUGGGAUGACCGCUUUGAGCGUUUGGAGCGGCGGGUUGACGACCUGGCAGCUCAGCAGUCCAAGAUUAUGGAUGCCAUUCAGAACUUGACUGCUCAGCUGUCAGCCGCCAAGCUGAUUGCCCCUCAGCUCCCUCUGCUGAAACCCAAACCUUCUCCUCCUUCUUCAUGCCCUUCCACUCCCCCUGGUUCAGCAAAUUCUUCCCGGUCACCAUCUCACUCCCAAAAGACCCCAGACAAAGCCACCUAUGCUGCUGUUACUGCAGGGGAUCAAAGAGGUCCCAAGAUCCCGACACCCAACAAGUUCAGGGAACAGACCAAGGUGGCAACUGUUCUGGGGCUGCUGGAGGGACCCGCUCUGAAGUGGGCCACUUCAACCUCCAGCAGUCUCCAGCAGUCCAUGGAGGACUGGGCUUUUGAGCUUGGGGUGGACAAACUUCUGCAAGCCCUGGAGGACCGAUUCGCAGACAAGGAGCGGGCCUGCAAGGUUGCUGACAGGAUUGCUCGCCUGGGGCAGCAGCGAUACAGCGGUACCCUGCAGGCCUUGUUUGCUGAGUUCGAUCAGCUGACCUCCACCCCUGGGUUGGUCAUGUCAACUGAUGAUUUGCUGACCAACUUCUGCAGGGCAGCGCCUGAGAAGUUUGCUGUUGCACUGUACAGCGCUGGGCACAAGGACUGGAGGUCCCUUGGUCGUGCAGCCCUGGACAUGGAGGCAAAGCUUCAUGUCCAGGCACCAUCCUCUGACAGGAGGAAAGGUGAAUCUGCAGCUGUUUCAGUUAAGACUGUAGGUGACAAUGUUUGUUUGGGGACUGUGCGGGCAGCAUCCUUUUGCUAUGAGGAUCCUGACCCGGAUCAGGACCCGGGGCAGGAUGAGCUUCAGUCACUUGCAACCUUCUUCCUUCACCUGAAGGAACAGAAGAAGUGCAAGUCUAAUCUCAUCAUGCUUCAGUCCUUGGUCAACCGCGCCAGGAUCACUGGGCUAUUGGACUGUGGAGCCACCAGGAACUUCAUGUCUCCCAGUGCAGUUAAAAAACUGCAUCUGGGCAUGAAAGUUCAGCAGCUGCAGCAACCACUGCUGGUGAAGAUUGGUAACUCUACAGUGCUCAGCAUCAGGGAGAAGAUCAAGGGUAUCCCUGUGACCUUCGACAGUGCCGGAGAAGUCAGACACAGUCUGAACUUCUACAUUUUCCCUGAGCUGCCCUUUGACUUGGUGUUCUCUAUGCAGUGGCUGAAGGCAGUCAACCCAAGGAUCGACUGGCAGGUCCCAAAGGUUGAGCUACCUAAUAGCCAGGGUGUGUAUCAGCCAUGCAUGAUUGUUGCUGAUCACCACCCUAAAACAUCUUGCUACUGCCUGAGAGCAAGGGAGUUUCAUGCUCUCUUACGCCAGUACCACCACGAGCGUCUGUUUAUUACUUUGGUCAAGCAAACAGAUGCUCCCCCUGUUUCCUGUCCUCCUGAGAUACAGCAGGUGGUAGAUCAGUAUGCUGAUCUGAUGCAGGAGCCCUUUGGGUUACCCAACCGGCCAACCAAGCAUCACAUCGAGCUGCUGCCUGGAGCGGUUCCUCCCAAGGGCCGCAUCUCCAGGAUAUCCCCUGCUGAGCUUGAGGAGCUCAGAAAGCAGCUUGAGACCCUGACCAGCAAGGGCUGGAUCAGACCCAACACUUUUGAAUUUGGUGCACCUGUUCUCUUUGUGCCCAAAGGGAACGGCGAGUUCAGAAUGUGUACUGACUACAGGGGUCUCAACAAGAUCACUAGGAAGAGCACAGAGCCACUUCCGAGGAUUGAUGAUCUCUUGGACAUGGUGCAGGGCUGCAUAGUGUUCAGCAAAGUCGACCUCAAAUUUGGCUACCACCAGAUUGAGAUGGCAGAGGAGAAUGUUUACAAGACAGCCUUCAAGACCAGGUAUGGGAUGUACGAGUUUCUGGUCAUGCCAUUUGGACUUUGCAAUGCCCCAUGCACCUUCCAGACAGAGAUGCACCGCAGCUUCGGGCCUUACCUGGACAAGUUUAUGGUUGUCUACCUGGAUGACAUCCUGGUAUUCAGCAAAACUGCCAGGGAAUAUGUGGAGCACUUGGCUCUUGUCCUUCAGUCGUUACGUGACAGCCAGUACAAGAUCAACAAAGAGAAAUCCUCUUUUGGAGUUCCCUCUGUUAUCUAUCUGGGUCAUGUAAUCUCUGGAGAUGGCCUGGCUCCUGAAGCAGCCAAGAUUGCUGCUAUUCAGGAGUGGCCUCAGCCACAGACAGUGAGGGAUGUCAGGUCCUUCAUGGGUCUAGCCUCGUACUACAGAAAGUUUGUCAGGAACUUUUCUGCAGUGGCUGCACCCCUGACCAACCUAACAAAGAAAGAUACCCCCUUUCUUUGGUCCCUUUCCUGUCAGUUGGCCUUCACACGACUCAAGAAGGCCUUGACUCGUGGGCCUGUGCUGACGUUACCUGACCCCACUUUGCCAUUCAUCCCGACCACUGACGCCAGUCAGUAUGGCAUUGGGGCAGUUCUUCAGCAGGAUGAUGGGAAUGGUCUACGACCUGUAGAGUUUAUGAGUAAGAAGAUCAAGACUCAAAAGCUCCAGAACUCUACCUACGAAAAAGAGUUGUAUGCUCUUGUCUGUGCCCUGAAACAUUGGAAGCACUUUCUCCUGGGAAGGCACUUCAAGAUCUUCUCAGAUCACUCCACCUUGCAGUGGAUGAAGUCCCACGGAGAGUUGAAUGAUAAGUUGGCGCGGUAUAUUCAGUUCAUUGACAUGUUUGACUUUGAACUGAAGCAUGAGAAGGGCCGCUACAACAAAGUAGCAGAUGCCCUCUCUCGUAGGCCUGACUCUUUUGUGUUGAUCUCCUCUACUCACUCCUUUGGAGAGGAGACCCGUCAGACCAUUGCUCGUCUACUGCCUCAGGAUGAGACUUUCGGACGCAUUGUCAGGAGUCUGCAAGCGGAUCCUAACUCUGAACCAGGCUAUGCUCUGAGUUCAGACCUGCUGUAUACCUACAGUAGAGGUGAGGAGCACUUGUGCAUUCCCCAGGACCAGCAACUUAGGACACUACUGAUGUCAGAGUGUCAUGAUGCCUGUGGUCAUUUUGGGUUCCUAAAGUCAUAUGCAGCCCUGUCGCAAUGCUUCUUCUGGAAGGAGAUGCGGAGUGAUAUGUUGCGUUAUGUGGACACUUGUGAGCUCUGCCAAAGGAGUAAGGUCCAUCGUAAACCUCCUUUGGGACUGCUCAAACCCUUACCCAUACCUGACGGCCCUGCUGAAUCUGUGGCGAUAGACUUCAUAGAUUUAGGCAAGACCACCCCUCGUGGCAUGCGUCAGAUGAAGAAGGAGAAGAAAAAAAAGAAGAAGAAGAAGAAGAGGGAGAGGAAGAAGAAGAAGAGGAAGAGGAAGAGGAAGAGGAAAGAGAAGAAGAGGAAAGAGAAGAAGAAGAAGAAGAAGAAGAAGAAGAAGAAGAAGGAGAGGAAGGAGAAGAAGAAGGAGGAGGAAGAAGAAGAGGGAGAGGAAGAGGGAGAAGAAGACGAGAAAGAGGAAGAAGAAGGGGAGGAAGAGGAGGAGGAAGAAGAAGAGGAAGAGGAAAAAGAAGAAGAAGAAGAAGAAGAAGAAGAAGGAGGAGGAGGAGGAGGAGGAGGAGGAGGAGGAGGAGGAGACCCUCCUCUCCCUUCUUGGUGUCGCGGGAUGGAGUACCAAUCUUGAUGUAGACCUUCCUCUCCUCGCUCAACCACCCCUUUGGCUAUGGCUUCCUUCCCCUCCAAACCCUUCUCCUCCUUCCUCUCUCACUCCCUCCCAAGUUGCCACAAGCUCCAACCACUAUGGCUAUGGAGUUAUUCCCUUUAGGAGGGCUAAUGAGACUCC